CUCGCUAAGCGCUCCGCCAUUUUAGAUCUGUUCAGCGAUCGAUCGUCAAUCACGGAGAGCAUGGUUUACAAAGAUUAUGUCGCUGCGCUGAAGGCUACGGACAUAAGCCCGCAGAAAUCGGUUGCCUGGACAUCUCGCCUGCACUUGCCUACCUGCAAUCGCUGCCCAACAAUGACGAUAUGGUACUAGUCCAGUUGACGCGCAAACUUUGCUGGCUCCUGGGCAUUUGUGGCUUCCUCCGCGCGGACGACAUUCAUUGCGUUGACAUCAACAAGACGACCUUUGACAAGCGGUACUUGAAGCUCUUUGUUCUUCUUCCUAAGGAGAGACGCAAGGGCAAGAGGAUUGAGAAGGUGGUGUACAUAUCCGCCAACUCUGACCCCAAUCUCUGCCCCUUGGCUGCUUAUCAGUCCUACACCUCGCGUAUCAAGGAUCACCCAGUGACGGUUCCGCAUCCCGAGGACAAGAAUUUUACAAUUUGCCCUCUCAUUCGUAAUACUCUUCGCCUACAUGCAGCUGUCUCUACGCAAACCAUCUCCAAUCACAUGGAUUCGAUCUCGACCUUGAUCCCUGAGGUUGAACGCUCCACCCGUCGUGUCAAGCCCCGAGUCAUUGGAUCUACCAUCGCCGCCGAGUCGGGUAUGUCUAUUGACGACAUCAUUGCACAUGGCAAUUGGUCCUCUCCCGACGCGUUCCAAAAUUUUUACCGUCUCGCGAGUAGGACCAGGUCCAAUUUUACUGAGAUCACACUCAGUAAAAGUUCUGGAUCCACAUUAUAGGUCGGCUCCCGCUGUGAUAAUA